AUGACUCGUGGUGCCAAGACUGCCAGAGGUGGCGAGGAGAUUUGUGACCUAUUCUCAGAGCACUUUCAGUCAAUAUACGAUGACAUCGUCACCAAUUUGACAACCAAGUCAUCCAAUAUCAAUAAAACAGCUCUCCACAGUUGCGAGACCAGUCUGACCAUCAGCUCACUCACUGUCAGCGAAUACGAGGUAGAAAGAGCAUUGAUGGGAUUGGAUGGAAGCAAGGCUUCAGGAUUGGAUGGCUUGCCCCCGAUCAUUCUAAAGAAGUGUGCUGAGACACCCGGUAAGAUUCUAGAGUCAUUUAUUCAUAAAACAAUAUAUUGGCACGUCAAAGAACGCCUGCAUCCAAACCAACAUGGAUUUCAGCCUAAAAAGUCUACAACAUCUCACUUAGCCGGUUUUGUUAAUGAUAUUGCACGGGCACUGGAUAAGAAUAAACUGUGUACCUCACACAGUAUUUACACCGAUUUUAGCAAGGCCUUCGAUUUCAUCAACCACGACCUCCUCAUAAAGAAGAUCAUGCUAAUGGGGGACCAUGGUUCACUGCUGCGCUGGUGCGAUUCCUAA